AACUGAGGGACGCUGCCGCUCGCGCGUAGUCCUCGCCUUUUUUAUAUACACAUUUAAGUAAAUAAACUCGAUAGUCUGCCGAAAAUUAGGAUUAUUACGGAGAAGAAGCUGGAAAUAGCAGUCGUUGUCAAUCGUGGUAUGGUGUUUGGUUAUUGACUUUAACUAUAGGUACCAUUUAAUCCACAUUUUAACUUUACUAAGCGGCGUUUUCCGCCGUUUUUUUCUCCUCUCGCCGCCCCGCUCACUCUACCCCCUUGUGUGUGAGUAAGGGCCUGCAACGUCGGUUUGGCCACGAGGCGAGUCGGUACAGUAGGAACAAGGCGAUGGCGGAGUUCGGCAACGGACUGGCGGAGGAAUCGCUACUAGAUUCAGACCCCGGACAUCCCGAGCUGGAAGACCCGGGUGUCGGUGACGAAGAACCGGGGUUAGAAGAGGGAGAGGCCGCUAUUGAAGACCCGGAGCUGGAGGCAAUCAAAGCUCGGGUGAGAGAGAUGGAGGAAGAGGCAGAGAAGCUAAAGGAGCUACAGAACGAGGUGGAGAAACAGAUGAAUCUCAGUCCCCCACCAGUGGGCCCCGUCAUCAUGUCCAUUGAAGAAAAGAUGGAGGCAGACGGCAGGUCAAUUUACGUUGGAAAUGUGGACUACGGUGCCACGGCAGAAGAGCUUGAGGCCCAUUUUCAUGGCUGCGGCUCAGUAAAUAGAGUUACCAUCCUAUGUGACAAAUACACAGGGCAUCCCAAAGGGUUUGCUUAUAUAGAGUUUGCAGACAAAGAGUCUGUAAGGACAGCCAUGGCUUUGGAUGAGUCCCUUUUCAGAGGAAGGCAGAUUAAGGUGGGCGCUAAGAGAACAAACAGACCAGGCAUCAGCACCACAGACCGCGGCUUUCCACGGGCUCGGUUCCGAUCACGAGGCGGAAGCUUUACAUCACGUGCACGGUACUACAGUGGCUACACACCACCCAGAGGCAGAGGACGAGCCUUUAGGUUUCAGGACCAGUGGAGGCUGACGACCCCUCCCCAGGUGGCGCCGGCCCCCCCCACUGUCUCCGCAGCGUCUCUCUCUCUCUCUGCUCCCGCUAUGCACACUCACCCCAUCCUGUCCGUGUGGGGGGGCGGGGGAGGGGGGCAGGGCGACCACAGGCCUGCCGCAGGGGGCAUUUACUACAACAGCAAACGCUGAUGAUGCUUUUAGUCCCCUUUUACACCUCGACUCACUCACACAUGGUUGAGACAAACACAAACACAACACCUGUUCAACAUACACCACAGCACACGGCAGUACAGGCAGCACUAACAAGGCAGCCAGUCCAACACAUGUUUUAUAUAAGAGCGGUAAAGGCAGCAUAGCUGAGUGAGAAGGCAGGACCAGAGACAGUGUUUUUUUGGGGGUGUACAGUGCGGACCUUAAGGCGCCCCCUUUCUCUGACUAUGCGCAGUGCAGUCACGGCUUGUCUGAGGAAGGCUGACGAGCUAAUAGCAUCGAUUAAUUUAAUAAAUGGAGCGUGCAGGAGCUGUUAUUUUAGGGCCUGGGAAGUCAGGUGUGGGGUUUGUGUGGAGCCUUUUUCUUUUUCUUUUUUUUGUUUUGAAAAGGGGGACUGGGUUUGGAAAAAAUGUUUUGCUUUUUUAAUUUUUAUUUUUAACCCAUGAGUCUGUAAUUAGGGAAAAAAAAAUAAAGAC